GCAUGCAAAUUUUGAUGUUUCUCUUUUGCCCGUUGAAGCCUACAUUUUAAUGUUACUUUAAACCAGCCAGACUUUGUAGCCAGUGAAGAUUUAGGAACGAACAUUCACAGAGGAGAAAUCGUUUUGAGUAUUUAAGGUAUUUAGUGAAAAACGAAUUUUCAAAAUGAAUGAACACCUGGAAUCUCUUACAGAUAAACAAGCAUCUAUUUUGGUACAGUUCCGGCAAAAUGUCUGCGACUUAUUAAAACAUCAUCACAAUGACAACUUCCUGUUGAGAUGGUUACGAGCCACAAAGUUUGAUGUGAAACAGUCAGAAGCUUUGCUGAGAACACACCUCAAAUGGCGUGAAGAAAAUAAUAUCGACAGCCUUUUCACAGAAUAUCAACCCCCUGAAGUAAUGACUAAAUAUUGUCCUGGUAGUUUUUAUGGUCAGGAUAAAGAAGGAUCCAUAAUUUGGAUUGACCCAGUUGGUGAUAUAGACAUUCAUGGCUUGUUGAUGUCUGCCAAAAGAGAGGGCUUUGUAAAAUACAUGAUAUGGAAUAUGGAGAAAUCGUGUCAAUUGUUUGAAGUUUAUUCCAAAGAGCAAGACAGAAGAGUGGACCAAGUGAUCAUGAUUUAUGACUUGGAAAACUUAGGACUACGUCACCUCUGGAAACCUGGGAUACAAGCAUUUUCAGAGGUUGUGCAAAUAUUUGAAGAACAUUACUCUGACACAAUAAAGACAAUUUAUAUUCUUAAUGCUCCAAAAAUAUUCUCAGUGAUAUUUAAUGUGUUAAAGCGAUUCUUGAGGGAAGAAACUGUUGGGAAAAUCAAGUUUCUUGGCGCCAAUUAUAAAGAGGUUCUUCUACAACAAAUAGAUUCUGACCAGCUUCCGGCACAUUGGGGCGGAACUUGCGUUGACCCUGAUGGAAACCCAAGAUGUCCAUCUAAGAUCUGUCCUGGAGGCAUGGUUCCAAAAUAUUAUUACUUACACAACAUUGCAGUGGAUCUGUCUGGAUUCUCUGAAGUUAUCAUUCCUCGUGGUUCCUCUUUUCAACUGGACUUUGUCAUCAAUGAUGUUGGCAGUGCUCUAAGGUGGCAGUUUAAGACAGAAGGGUUUGAUAUUCGUUUUGGAAUCUUCAGACGAACCAAAGAUGUGAGACAAAAACUGAGAGAUAUGGAACCUAUUGUCAACUCUAAGAGGGUUAAAUGUCAAUUGUUUCUUGAAGAAGGCAGUGUACAUUGUACACAAAUUGGAACUUAUAUUCUUCGUUUUGACAACGCCUACAGCUUAGUGAGAUCCAAGAAAUUGUAUUAUCUGAUAGAAGUAUUGCGUCCAGAUGAACAAGUCAUACCCCUUUUGGAUAAUCAAGAAAUUGGUCAUUGAGUAUCCUGAGAUAUUUACUUCCAUCUAAUAUGUCUGCAAAAUAAAUAGGAACAUUCUCAUCCCAACAUUUGUAUUGAAAGUUUUGCCAAGAAAUGAACAA